AUGUUCCUUAUUGAAAGAGUACAACUUUUUGUGAAGAAAGGAAAUGUAAUAUAUGUUAAUGUAUACCGUCUCUUUUUUUUUCUCAACGUUUUUUUGGCAAAUUAUAAUCGUACGUGUACUGGUUUACAUGGCCACGGCAGAGUACGACCUGUUGCAAGAGCUAAUAAUCCUAAUUGCUGGAAAUGUGAGCCAUCUCCUGAAGAGUUAAGUAAAUGUGACGUGAGAUUACUUUCACACGAUCGUGAGUGCGGCAUCUUAGAGAGUAGAUUCGAAGAACAUGGCUAUCAUUGCAUUGUUGAAGUGCUGAAAUGCUUCCCGAAAUUUAGCUCCGCAAAUCGUGCCGAAGCAAGUUUUAUUGUUGCUUCAGGUCGGAUUAUUGAUUCUCCCGACAGUAACGACACGUCUGAGCGUUACUUUCCGCUGAACAGUCCAGCUGGAGUGAGGGAAGUAUUCAUUCCUUGCACUCUGAAUGGUACCUGGGAAGCAGUACUGCCAGCCAGGCUUCGAAUACAAGUUACACAGAUACAAUGUAUCGUUUCUCCACACCAAACUAUGAACCAUAUCUCUCCUUACAUUACUGAAAUUUUUCGUUAA